ACGUUGGAUUCUCGACGCGAGCGCGCGCCGAUCACUCAAAGCAUAACCCGUACCCGUACCUGAUUAUUUAUUUUGAGUGUUAUUCGUUUACCCUCUGUUUACGUGUACGUGUGUGUGUGUGUUAGUGUGUGCAUACAUAUUUGACUUGUGAUUAAAAGUCAGUUGACCAUCGACAAGAUCAUCAACUCUUGAUCAUCGUGACCUUUAGCAAAGUCUACGACAAGCGCCAAUCGAUAUGAGGGAAAUUGUGCAUCUACAGGCUGGCCAAUGCGGCAAUCAAAUCGGUUCAAAGUUCUGGGAAGUCAUCUCUGAUGAGCAUGGCAUCGAUCCCAAUGGCUAUUAUCAUGGCGAAUCGGACUUGCAGCACGAACGCAUCGAUGUCUACUACAAUGAGGCAAGCAGUGGCAAGUAUGUGCCCCGUGCUGUGCUCAUCGAUCUGGAGCCCGGCACCAUGGACUCUGUGCGUCAGUCACCCAUGGGUCAGCUCUUCAGACCCGACAACUUUGUCUACGGACAGUCUGGAGCGGGCAACAACUGGGCAAAGGGUCACUACACAGAGGGCGCCGAACUGAUUGAUUCAGUGCUCGAAGUGCUGCGCAAGGAAUCCGAGGGCUGUGACUGUCUGCAGGGCUUUCAGCUGGCCCAUUCGCUGGGCGGCGGCACUGGCUCCGGUUUGGGCACGCUGCUGAUAUCGAAGAUACGCGAGGAAUAUCCGGAUCGCAUCAUGAACUCCUUCUCCGUGGUGCCCUCACCCAAGGUGUCCGAUACCGUUGUGGAGCCGUACAAUGCAACGCUCUCCAUUCAUCAGCUGGUGGAGAACACCGACGAGACGUUCUGCAUUGACAAUGAGGCGCUUUAUGACAUUUGCUUCCGCACGCUGAAGCUAUCGUCGCCCACCUAUGGCGAUCUAAAUCAUCUGGUUUCCGUCACAAUGUCUGGUGUGACGACGUGCCUGCGUUUCCCUGGCCAGCUGAAUGCUGAUCUGCGUAAGUUGGCUGUCAACAUGGUGCCCUUCCCACGUCUGCACUUCUUUAUGCCCGGCUUUGCCCCACUCACGGCCAAGGGAUCGCAGCAGUAUCGCGCCUUGACUGUCGCCGAGUUGACCCAACAAAUGUUCGAUGCCAAGAACAUGAUGACCGCCUGCGAUCCUCGACAUGGUCGCUAUCUGACUGUGGCCUGCAUCUUCAGAGGACCCAUGUCCAUGAAGGAGGUGGACACACAGAUGCUCAACGUGCAGAGCAAGAACAGCAGCUACUUUGUCGAAUGGAUCCCCAACAAUGUGAAGGUCGCCGUCUGUGACAUUCCGCCACGCGGCCUCAAAAUGUCCGCCACAUUCAUUGGCAACUCGACGGCCAUCCAGGAGAUCUUCAAGCGCAUCUCCGAACAGUUUACUGCGAUGUUCCGUCGCAAGGCUUUCCUGCAUUGGUACACCGGCGAGGGCAUGGACGAGAUGGAGUUCACCGAGGCCGAGAGCAACAUGAACGAUCUGAUAUCCGAAUAUCAACAGUACCAGGAAGCCACCGCCGACGACGAUGUCGAAUUCGACGAAGAGCAGGCCGAGCACGAGGCUUACGAGGCGGAGACGCUGCAGAAUGGCGACUCCUAGUCCAGCACUUUCAACUAACGCCUUCCGCUUGUACUAUUCUGCAUGACUAACUUUAAACAUAAGCUAUUUAACAUGUAGAGACAAGUUGUGCAGCUAAUAAAACAUAAAUCUAGUAUUUCA